GGUACCACUUCAACAAAACCGAUGCCAGAUGCAAACAGCUCAAGAAAUAAUGGAACUGGAAACAGCAAACAUACCAGGGAAGCAAAGGAUGUGUAUUCCUUCUGCUGUCAUUUAUACUUUUGUAGUCAAGAUUUCAGUUGUACCACAAUUGAGACAACUCCAUGGAAACAAUGUCCAGUGUGCAUGCUGCUUCAGAAGCACAGGAAUACCUUUGCUGAACUCUGAAUGAUUGGUAACCAUACCUCCUAAAGGGCCAUGUUGCUAGGCAACAGCUUGUUUCCUUGGUCACAAUGAAUCCAUGGAAGACCCCCAAAAGAGGCUGCAGAUUCUUGGAGGACAGCUCUUCAUAUCCCCUCCUGGGAACAUGAUGAAAAAUGUCUUCAGAAAAAUAGCUUUAUGAAGGCAAGAGGAUAUUUUUGCACCUGCAAGACAUGUCGGAAAGAUCCUCAGGUUGGAAUGAGAGUAAGAGUAGUCUGGAGAUUUGCCCAUCUGCUUCAUCGUGCGACUCUACUCCCAGUGAAGCUCAUCAGUGGUCGGCUCUGUCAAGCAGAAUAUUCCAUCCACGUUCAGACUCUGGAGUAUCAUCCUUGCUCCCAUCAGAUUCUUGUAAGUAUCUCACUUGGCACAAAAUCAAGCAACAUGACAUUCAAGGAAGUCAACUGCGUUGCCCAAGAGUACGAGAAGGACCUGCUGAAGACGACGUCUCCUUCACACGGAUGGGCUGUGCCUUGACACCAGUAAAAAGAGUCCUUGGAAAAAACAAAUGGGAGAAGUGGCUCCAAGAAAACUGGGAGGACUGCACGAACUUGAACAUUUCAUUUCAGGAUUUGGGGGAUGCUUACCAAGUUGAAAAUUUUAACAGGAUUCUUAGAAGACUUAUUAGAGUUGAAACCCUAUGGUUAGUGGAUAAUUCACUGGUGGAUUUAAGUGCCAUACGAUUGCCAAGCUGCAGAAUUUUAAAUAUGAACAAAAACCAUCUCACAUCUUUCAAACAAUUGCCAAAGAUACCUCAGAUACAACAUUUAUCCUUGGCUGAAAACCACAUUGAGACCCUGACUGGACUCUCGAGUUUACAGUGCACUCCAUUAGAAUCCCUUACUCUCAAGAGGAACCCUUGUGAGUUUCACCAAAAUUACAGGAAACGUGUGUUCUCCUGUUUGCCAAACUUAAAAAUACUGGAUGGGAUCCUGAAGCUACCAGAAGAUUACUCUCCACCAGAAACCAGUAUUUUUUCAAAAAUGUGUAUUGUAUCCUAAUGUGAUCCGUAUAGAAAGAAAGCAAUCACUAUUGCUGCUUA